AUGCCACGGCAGAAACUUUUCACCUCUGAAAGUGAUGUUAGCAUUGAGGUGGAUGAAGGUAAUGACAAUGAAUUCAACCUGUACUAUGUGGGAGUGGAGGAUCAUUCUGAGGGAGAGAAGGAGCAGCAGGUGAAGCAGGAGGGCAAAAGAAGGAGAGAGAGAAACGGUAAGAUCAGCAGAAGAACAGCUUCAGAGAAGAGAUCAGCAGUGACGAAAAACUCGGAGAAAAGAGAGAAGAAACAUGAUAAACACCAAAAAGCUGCAAGAGAGAGGAAGGGGAGUGAGACGCAUGAAAAAGGGCGUAAAAGAAACAAUGCUGAUGAAGAGGUGGUUGAGGAAGAAUGUAGCAAAGAGAAGAAGAAUGUAAAAAAUGAAAGAACCAAGACAUCAAAGCUGAAGGACGAAAAGCAACAAGGUGGGAAGAAAAACAAAAAGAAGAGCGUUAAAAGCGAGGUGGACAGAAAUCAUGGAAAAACGAAAACUAGAGAUUGUAAUGAUGUGCCUACAAAAGAAAAAACUAAAAACAGAAAGAAGCCUGAGACUAUCUCAGAGUCUGAGUCCAAAUCUGAUUCAGAAUCUGACUCAGAGUUAAGGGAUGACAAAGCAGUAGGAGUUUUGAGUUCUCUGACUCCAGAGGAGCUGGAAAAGUUGAAAGAAGCUAUGGAGGAAAAGAAAAAGCUAAUGGCCACCCUAAGAGGAAAGCCCUGGCCCAUGAAGAAAAAGUUAGCCAUUCUCAGGGAGUCUCAAGAAUUUUUGGAGAAAUAUGAAGGUGCUCUGGGGAAAGGCAAAGGCAGAAAGCUCUAUGCCUACAAGGUCCUAAUGAUGAAGAAAUGGAUGAAGUUUCAGCGUGACUUUGAAAACUUCAAGACGGCCUGUAUCCCGUGGGAGAUGAAGAUUAAAGAAAUAGAAAGCCAUUUUGGCUCAUCAGUUGCUUCUUACUUCAUAUUUCUGAGGUGGAUGUAUGGCAUCAACAUGAUUUUAUUUGGCCUGACGUUUGGGCUGGUGAUGGUACCAGAGGCUCUAAUGGGGAAACCAUAUGGCACUUUACCCAGGAAAACAGUACCCAGAGAGGAAGAGGCCAGUGCUAUGAAUUUUGCAGUGUUAUGGGACUUUGGAGGCUAUGCUAAGUAUUCUGUCCUCUUCUAUGGUUACUACAACAACCAGCAGGCCAUUGGCUGGCUCAAAUUCCGCAUGCCCCUCUCAUACUUCCUGGUUGGGGUGGGCACAGUAGCAUACAGCUAUAUGGUGGUGAUCAGGACCAUGGCACGCAAUGCCAACGAAGCGGGUGGCGGAGAUGACACCAGCUUUAAUUUUAGCUGGAAGGCAUUUACUAGUUGGGACUACCUCAUUGGAAACCCUGAGACAGCAGACAACAAGUUUGCUUCCAUCACCACUAUCUUUAAGGAGGCUAUUGUGGAGGACCAAGAGAGCAGAAAAGACGACAACAUCCACCUGACAAGAUUCCUUAGAGUGCUGGCCAACUUCCUGGUGCUCUGCUGUCUGGCAGGGAGUGGCUACUUGAUCUACUUUGUGGUGCGCAGGUCACAGAAGUUUGCUCUGGAGGGACUGGAGAAAUAUGGAUGGUGGGAGAGGAAUGAGGUGAACAUGGUCAUGUCUCUCUUGGGAAUGUUUUGUCCAAUGUUAUUCGACGUGAUCAGCACUUUAGAGAACUAUCAUCCACGUAUUGCUCUUCAAUGGCAGCUUGGGCGCAUCUUCGCCCUCUUUUUGGGGAACCUUUACACAUUCAUCAUUGCUCUCAUGGAUGCAAUUCAACUUAAGAGGGUAGAGGAGGACAUUAUAAAGACGAAUAUGACAAUCUGGCAGGCUAACCUGUACAACGGGACUGUGCCAGACAACUCGACUGCCCCUCCAAUCACAGUGCACCCUGCCGAUGUUCCUAGAGGACCUUGCUGGGAGACAAUGGUGGGACAGGAGUUUGUUCGUCUCAUUAUUUCUGAUACAAUGACAACUUACAUCACUUUGCUUAUUGGAGAUUUUUUCCGUGCUGUUCUGGUCCGUUUCCUGAACAACUGCUGGUGUUGGGAUCUGGAGUAUGGCUUUCCAUCCUAUUCAGAGUUUGAUGUCAGUGGAAAUGUUUUGGGGCUGAUCUUCAAUCAGGGGAUGAUCUGGAUGGGGGCAUUUUAUGCUCCAUGUCUUCCAGCAUUAAAUCUAUUCCGGCUUCAUGUGUCCAUGUACCUGCAGUGCUGGGCGGUGAUGUGCUGUAAUGUGCCACAGGAGCGGGUCUUUAAAGCUUCAGGGUCCAAUAACUUUUACAUGGCCAUGCUGUUGGUCAUCCUCUUCCUUUCUACCCUGCCCGCUAUAUACACCAUUGUCUCCAUUCCGCCAUCAUUUGACUGCGGACCCUUCAGUGGGAAAAGCCGAAUGUUUGAUGUGAUUCAAGAAACUCUAGAGACAGACUUCCCAGCUUGGUUCGGGAAGGUUUUCAGUUAUGCUUCAAACCCUGGACUGGUUUUGCCUUUCCUUUUGCUGUUGGUUCUCGCAUUAUAUUAUCUGCAGUCGACCUCUAAAACAUACAAACGGGUAAACAUGGAGCUGAAAAAGAAGCUUCAAGUACAAAAUGAGGAAAACAAGAAGAAGAACAAACUUGCAGCCAUAAAGGCUGCCAGUGAACUGGAGCAGGCGACAAAUGCAGUAGGAAAACACAGCAAUACUGACUCUGAUUUGGGUGAGAGCAAAGAGAACACCUGACUUAAGGACCCCCAUCCCAUGUCUUCCACCCACACAACUACCAGGCCCCAUGCAUCACAGAGUCGAGCUGUUCAUGGACAUCUCCCAGGGAACCCACAGCAGCCACAGAGAAACACUCACUCCAAGAGGAGAUAAACUGUCUCGUGCAAAAUACAAUACUAAAUACUUUAAUCAUUGUAAAAUAUUGACCAUUCUGGUAAACCAAGGAAUUCUUCUUGGAUUAUUCACAACACAUGCGGGUUAACAGAAAAGCUGGUCUUUUCAACAGGGUAAAGGACUACAGCAGUUAAUGUAAAGAUAAGAACCUCCUGCUCCUUUGCUCUGUUUAAUACAUACAUCACACUAAUUUUGCACUUAAAUGGCCUUCUUUAUUUCUUGUUGAUGUGAAGAUGAUACUGUUUAAAACCAGGCACUGCCCGGGCUGUCAUUGUCAUGCAUGUAUUGAGGUUCUGUGACUAUGUAUCUAUAGACUGAUAAAAAACUCUUAUCUCCGUAAAAAGAGAAAUGACUUGAUACAGGCUGACUAUGGCCAAAUUAUGAGUUUAACAUUUUGAUACAUUAAAUGUGUUAUUUCUAUAGACAGCACUAGAAAUAUUUUGGAUUGUUGAUAUGCCAAUUACAAAUCGUAGUAAGUGAAGGUUUUUAUGUCAGCAUUUGUUUUGAGUUACCCUCUCACAGUCUUUCCCAUGCAGCUCUCCUUCACCCUCUUUACAUCUCACCUGGCAUAAGAAAACCAUCCACCAUCAGCCUCCUUGGAAGAUCAUGAGAUUCAAUCCAGAGGGCUGCCAGACAUCGCGGGCAGGACGCCGAGUUUACCUUAGAGAAGAGAGAGAGGAGAGACGGUCAUCAGGACAUUUCUUGCAUGGAUUUUAAAUAGCCUAGUUCGUUUAAAAAAAGAAAUUUCAUUUUGCACGAGCGCUAAAUACAGUAGGCCUAUAUAUAGCUUUAUAAACCAACGGGUUGCGUUUAUCCAUAUUUUGCUUAUAGUUUGAGUGAAAUUCAUUGUAUUUAAUGUAGCCUAUAUAAUUUUU